CAGUUUUAUUCGAAAACACUGAUUUGUCAAAUCAAAAAUGCAUUUCUAUAUUUUCUAUGUUAUAUAUCUAACAAUUAGUUUUUCAAACGGACUUCUUUUUCAAUAUCCACCAUUUAAUGAGAAUGGAGAAUUAAAACGAGAAAACAAGACCAAAUUGGUGGAGUUUUUUUGUGAUAAUUUGAUAAGUGAUUGGGUAAAACGUAUGAGCUUAGAAACAUUUAAAGAGCUAUUUAAAAAAUUUCAUUGCCUACAUCAUUGGGACGAUGCUAAAAUCUUGUCAUUAUACUAUGAAAAUAAUACACGUAUGGAUGUGAAUAAAUUUGUAGCACAAACGACCAAGUGUAUCAGUUUUAUUGAAACUCAGUAUAAGUCGCGUUAUGAUAGUUUUCUCAACCAUGAAGGAAAGAUGAAUUUAAAUGAAUUAAAAAGAGCUCUUGUAGUAGAUGAAAUCGGUCUCACACAAACAGCAGUCAAUGGUUUAAUCCCCAUAUAUAGAUUAACAGACACACGUGAUAUGAGCUUUAUAGACUUCAGAAAUUUAUUUGUGGAAGUAAUAUGUAACCAAAUCAAGUCCAAUGAUAUAAUAUAUAAUUUUCUGAACAGUAUAUAUAUUUCGUUUUACUUUUAAAAAAAUUAUAAUACUAAUUUAUAAUUUAUAAUAAUAAAUAUUAUUACACUUUAA